UUGAUUUUGUUUAAACUUUAAAAAUCAUAAACUAUUACGUCGUCAGUACUAAUUUUAAAUGUCGAGUGUACCAUUUUAAAAUGUUAUAAAGUGAAAUCUUAUGACUGUGUUGAUACUUUGCUCCGUGAUAUGCGCUGUGUUUAAGAGGAAUGUCGAGUAAAGCAGGUGGACGAAAACGGAAGCGGGAUUCAUCCAUCGGUUCCAGGGCUGGUAAUCUUCCAGCAACAGGUGCAGGUGUCAGUGCCCCCACCCCUGAUUCGGUACCAUCGACGUCUACCGCGGAUACCAUGGAUGUUCAGGACCAGGCUACUCCCGCAAGUGAUCUCAAUGUUAUUGCGUUUGCUGAGAAGCGUUCCAGGGAGAUUCGCACCCUUCUGGAUGCUUUAUCUACAGCUCCUGUUGGCAAGCAAAUUUUCCAGCAGCUACCACGCCAUAUGCGCCGACGCGCUAUGAGUUACAAUAUAAAAAGACUGCCGAAACGGUUGCGAGGGUUGGCAGCAAAGCAAACUAGCCAGGCUAAGAUUCCAAAACGGCACCGCAAAAAGUACCGAAAACGCCCGGGAAACAAGAAGAUUGCCUAUGCGAAGCGUCAAACCGUGAAUCAGUGGCUGGAAACGCACGUAUGGCACGCGAAGCGCUUCCACAUGCUGACGAAAUGGGGCUACAAAGUGGCUGAUUAUCCGAACGAUAAGGGCUUUCGAGCGGCAUUUCGCGCCUCAGCGGAGGAGUGUCUGAUGACCGAUAUGUCUUAUCUGGUGUGCAUGGAGCUGGAAGGGCCGGAAGCGGUACUGCUUGAGGGCAUCCAGCAGUUGACCGCAUCUGAUAUCGGUCGAACUUUCGCUUUCAAAGAUUAUCGCGAUGGCCAUUUGGAGGGCACAUGUAUCCUCUACGAACCGCAAAAAUAUCCUUUUAACCCCAUCGGCCCGGUGAAAUUUAUCUGGCAAGCAGCGUUAAACGACUCGGUUAGUCGGAAAAUUAACCUGUGGCUGCAUCCAUGUAUAACGGAUCAGCUUCGUGAAAUUCUGGUCAAAAUUUUCCAAAUGGAACUCGUAUCGCCUGGACCGCCCGUAGCUUCUGAUGUGGCAAUGGACGAGGCCGAAAAGCUUGAAAUACCUGCAUAUGUUUCAGCUGACUGUUUGGAGUUUAGUGGUGAUACCGGUAUUAUUCUCCGGAUACUGAAGAAGCAGUUCGUGCGAUUGCGACUCACUGGGCCGAAAAGCACUCUCGUCUUGAAAAAUGUUUUGCUGAAUGUGGAUUUUGAUGCGGAGAUUGCGGAAGGAUCGUGGAAGCAUGCUUUCGGGGAUCCGGUGAUCAGAGAAACGGCAUUAUCACAAGCGAGUGUUUGGAAGGAAAUGAGUGCCACACCAAACGAAUCUGCCGUUCGUAAUGCAAGUGUCCUUGGUUUGAUUGUUCGGGAUCCGCGGUUAGCGUUGCCCGCUAGUAAAGUAUCGUUGUCUCGGAUAUCCGCAACCGCUGAUGAUGCCGAAUGUUCGCGUUACCCAGAUAGAAGCAAGAAAUUAUCGUUUUCUUUGCUGUGGAACGGUGAGGUUCGGGAACGAGUGCGGACGGAAAGAGUCACUGAUCAGGAGAUGAAUCGUCGCCGUUCAGCACUUCCGGUACCGGGCAUGGAUCUGCAGAUGGGCGUUGAAGAGUCUUGGAUACCGGUUGUUUUAAUCCGGAAUAGUGGGUAUAAUCGGACGUCACGAUUGUCUCGAUUAGAAUACGGCGCGGGAUGGGAUAUUAUUAUGCCAUCAGGAUGGGGAAUGUCCUUCUGGAUUCCGUUGGUUUACAAUGGCGCCCGCGUUUGCGGACAGCGUGAUCUCCGAACUGUUUCACUGCAUGAGCUGUCGCUUCAGCUUCCGUUUGAUUUUCCAGACUCGAAAGCUGGUAUCGCUGAAAAGUUGGAUAGCCGAAAACAGCUUGAAGCAAAGCAUCAGCGAUAUCCUCCGAACAAGCGACCCAACUUCCUGAAACUGGGUGUGGCCUCACCCUUUUUAUCACCGUGGAAUGUUCUAUUUAAUAACUGGAUACGGUUUUCGUCUGAAAUUUCUUUAUUCAAAUCCGUUUUUGAGUUAGAAGCGGAAGCAAUCGGGAAAGAAGACAAUGAACCGGGCUUUCAUAUUAUUCGGAAUUUACGCCUUUUGGCGAUUUUAAAAGGUUUUCUCGGAGAAGGAAAGCAAUUGGAGGAAGUGAUAAAUGGAAAUUUGGAGCUGUUUUCGAAACAUCGUCAAGGUUUAGUUCCGGUUGUGCUCAAUUUGUCUUCCGGUGGAGCUGCGACCGAAUUCGCUUUGAUCUGUGCUCCCACGAAAGAAGAUCUGGAGUGCAGGAAAGCCACGAGCGAUUUCGGUGGCCCGGUUGAGCCGAAACAUCCCGAUCCGUUUCGCAAGUCUAAAGCCAGAGAACGCCGUAAAUUACAAAUGGAGAAAUUGUUGGGUGAUGCGGAUAACGUGCUGGAUCAGUGCAGUCGGAAGACAAUUGGUUAUGUGAUUAAAGGGGGAUUUUCUUUUAUUUGCGGGCAUAAUAUUGCCGUGGGGUUUUGCUCAUUAAUUGGGUUUUUGUGGAUGGUGCGGGAUAUUUGGAUGGGGCAGUCGGAAAGGAAAGUGCUCGUGCGAUCUGCGCAUUCUUUUCAGUACCGCUUUGCCGAUGUUGAAAUGGAUAUUUUGGAUGUAAAAUUUUAAUUACUGUACAUAUACCGUGUUUUGCCGACGCGAUUUCACGACGGUGUUAUAAAAUUGUUUUUAUGGAAAUACAGAAUUUACGGUGAGUGUCGGUGUAGAUGUUCCGGCGUUUUAUCACAAUCGUUAUCUGCGUAAC